CUGAGUGUGUGUAUGCAGCCAUUUGAAGCUUUGAGAACACAUCCUACAAUGGCUAUCAUCAAUCACCUUCUUCGUUCCGCUCUACGGUCUCGGUCGGUUGCAUCUUCAAGACGAGCUUCGGAAUAUGUCGUCCCGACUCGCUUCCUGUCCUGCUUAUAUGGAACACAGGCGUUUAAGGGGCAUGAUAUAAUUACACCUUUUACUACAAGAUGGCAGUGCACAAAUGAAAAUCCACUAGUUAUAGAAAGAUCAGAGGGUUCAUAUGUGUAUGACACUAAUGGAAGGAAGUACCUUGAUUCUCUGGCUGGUCUAUGGUGCACAUCCUUAGGGGGAAAUGAACCACGACUUGUAGCAGCUGCAACAAAACAACUAAAUACCUUACCGUUUUACCACUCCUUUUGGAAUCAUACUAACAUGCCUUCAUUGGAGCUGGCAAAGGAACUGCUUGAAAUGUUCACAGCUAGAAAAAUGGGGAAAGUCUUUUAUACAAACAGCGGUUCAGAAGCCAAUGAUACUCAGGUCAAGCUGGUAUGGUACUAUAACAAUGCACUUGGAAGACCAAAAAAGAAAAAGUUCAUUGCUCGCUCACUGGCCUACCAUGGUUCAACAUUAAUAGCAGCCAGUCUUACUGGCCUAACAGGUAUGCACCAGCAGUUCGACAUUCCAGCUACAUUCGCCCUGCACACGGAUUGUCCACAUUACUGGCGUUACCAUCUUCCAGGUGAAACGGAGGAAGAGUUCUCAACCAGAUUAGCCAAAAACUUGGAGGACCUUAUACUUAAGGAGGGGCCAGAGACGAUUGCUGCAUUCAUCGCUGAACCUGUCAUGGGGGCUGGUGGUGCGAUCCUUCCACCUACAACUUAUUUUGAGAAGAUCCAAGCUGUGCUCAAGAAGUAUGAUAUACUUUUUAUUGCAGAUGAGGUAAUCUGUGCCUUUGGAAGACUAGGGGCAAUGUUUGGAUGCGAUAAGUACAAUAUUAAACCAGACCUUGUAUCUCUUGCAAAGGCACUUUCCUCGGCAUAUAUGCCUAUUGGAGCUGUUCUUGUGAGCCCUGAAAUCUCUGAUGUCAUUCAAUCUCAAAGCGACAAGCUAGGUUCCUUUUCUCAUGGAUUUACUUAUUCCGGACACCCAACCGCAUGUGCUGUUGCACUUGAAACACUCAAGAUCUACAAGGAAAGGAAUAUUGUGGAGCAAGUAAAUCACAUCUCCCCGAGGUUUCAAGAUGGCAUAAAAGCUUUCUCUGAUAGCCCUAUCAUUGGAGAGAUAAGGGGGACUGGCUUGGUGUCAGGCACAGAUUUUGUAGACAAUAAAUCACCAAAUGAUCCAUUCCCUCCAGAAUGGGGAGUUGGUGCAUAUUUUGGAUCUGAAUGUCGGAAAAAUGGUUUGAUAGUACGUCCUGCAGGGAAUAAUAUAACAAUGGCUCCACCAUUUAUCAUCUCUCCUCAAGAAGUUGAUGAGAUAAUCAGCAUUUAUGGAAAGGCACUGAAGGCUACUGAAGAGAGAGUGAAGGAAUUGAAGGCUCAGAGGUAGCUGCAAAUGGUAACAAGAAACGGCCUGAAGGAACCGGAUCCUGUCUCCUAUCUACUAUAAAGGAACAAAUAAAUCCUUCCCCGUGAUGGCCAAAUGCUUCCUUAAUAAGCUUUUGUCUAAUUAAAAGGGUAUGUUUGUGAGAUAUAAAAAAGCCUUGGAUGUUGAAUAAAAGCAGCCUGAUAUUUUGAUCCAUUCGCUUCACAUUCCCCCAAUUUAAAAGCCAUGAAUUGGAUUUAUAAUUCUAGGUCUAAAAGAAUCAAACAUAUACCAAAACUAAUAGAGAUUGAAAGCAUUAGCGUACCAUUUUCGUUGCCCACAUAACAUAGCAACAGUUUGUGGCUCGAGUGAGGACGGAUGAGUUUAAGAGCUGUUCGGAGGUUGAUUAAGGAAGAAGGGGUCGUGGCAGAAGGAACUCAAUCUCCAUAAUUUGGAGACUAGGGUUUGAUAAGUCGAGAUGUCUACGAUAAUAAUAACAAUGAUACCUAAGAUGGUAAGUACAAUGAUAUCUAUGAUAAUAAUAACAAUAAUGUCUAUGCUGAUAAGUACAAUGAUGUCUUUGAUGAUGAUGGUGGUGAAAGGGACUAGUAGAACACCUAAGCAAGAACUUUUAGAUCCCUAGAGGCGAAUCACGAGAACCGACAACCCAAUUAGAGAUAAAGAAAGAGAACUUAUGGUUACCGCGUCAUGACCCUAAGUUGAAUUUAGAUGAGUUAAGUAGACCUACCGAAUAACCUAAGAAGAUCUUAGGAACUAACUCCUAAUAUGAAUAAGACACAGAAAGAACGAACGAACCAAUGACACAUAACUUAAGAUGGAAUUGAGAACUACAAGUAAGCUAAUUACUAAGUAUUUUUAUAUUCAUUUAUACUACUUUAAUUCUUUUCAAAUGACGCUUACAUAGAAGCAGUCGAGGCAAUGAUGUGCAUGAGUUGCUGAGAAAUGCAUGUAUGUCUUAAAAAAGUAUAGUGGGAAUUUAGUAAUGUAGUGAUACUGAAUAUCAGCUUGUAAUAAACAAUGACAUUGACUAAAAAAAUUUAAUGUGCCAUAAACAAACUUUUCAACGGCUUAAAAAAGUCAAAAUUUUAGAGAUGCCUGAAAAGUCAAAAUCUUGGGAUGCCAGAUUUCAUUUUGAUACAUUUCUUUAAAUAAAAAAACAAUAAAAUACAAAUUGUUCCAUAUAAUGAAACCUUGCAUUUAAUAAAAAUUACUCCAUUUCCCUUUUUUAGAAAAA